AUGAAUUUUUACCCGGUGCCUCCGACUAUCCAAGCCGAGUUGUAUGUGCGAAUUCCCGAACAUCUUCGGUGCCUCGAAAAGGAAACAGAAUGGCGAGGAGGUUUUGCCCGGACUUUUCAGCAUAUCUUUCUUGAGGGGCCUGUUGCAGAUGACAAGGGCAAUUUGUACAUUGUGGACGUUCCUUACGGCAGAAUUCUAAAAGUUGAUUCAGAGAAGGAGAUUACUGUAGCUGCGGAAUGGGAUGGCGAGCCUAAUGGGUUGGCAGCGACGCAAGAUGGUUUGCUGGUUGUUGCAGACUAUAAGCAGGGCAUACUUAUAUUUGACCCUUCUAGUGGUACAGUGAAACCGUUGAUGACGCGACGCCAUCUGGAACGGUUCAAGGGUCCCAACGAUCUCAUUGUUGACAGGAAAGGCUGCAUUUACUUCACCGAUCAAGGUCAAACUGGCAUGACAGAUCAAACGGGCAAGGUGUACCGAAUGCUCCCGGAUGGAAAGCUGGAAGCCCUUGUUGAGAAUGGAGUCUCACCAAAUGGGCUUGUCCUUUCACCAGACGAAAGAUUCUUGUAUGUCGCAAUGACACGGUCGAACCAAGUAUGGCGACUUCCACUUCAUCCCGAUGGAACGACCACGAAAGUCGGUGUAUUUUUCCAGUCAUUCGGUAAUGCUGGUCCUGAUGGCCUAGCUAUUGAUGAAGAGGGCAGCUUGUUUAUCUGCCAUCCAAGUCUGGGUUCUAUUUUUGUUGUUGAUUGCCAUGGCGUGCCUAAGGCGCGUAUCGUCAGCGGUACAAGCGGCAUCAAUCUAACAAAUUGCUGCUUUGGUGGGCCAGAGAACAAAACAAUCUACAUCACAGACAGUCUGGAAGGCAAUGUACAGAAAGUCGAAUGGCAUUGCCGAGGGGCAACAUCGCGGCCGGCAUUGAAAGGCUAG